AUGUACCCGCUGGUUGUUAAAAAGCUGUUGAAACUUCGUGAGGAGGCUAGGAACUUGUUUAUUCCUUGUACUAAUUGGAGCCUGAUUAAGGGUAAAUGGCUUUGGGAUCAGAUCAGAGUUCGUGCAGCGAAAGUUACUUGGCACAGGAUCAUUUGGUUCCCUGCUCAUAUUCCAAAAUUCUCCCUUAUUGCCUGGAUGGCCACCCUUGAUAGACUGCCUACGAGAGAUAGGCUGAUUAGGUUCGGUCUGGUCUUGGAUCAUGGAUGUGUCCUGUGUGGGUCUGGGAUUGAGUCCCGGGACCAUCUCUUUGCUGAUUGCUUCUUUGCUCAAGAAGUUUGGGAUGCUGUGCUAGUCUCGUGUGGGAUUCGUCUUGUUUCGCUUAAUUGGGACGAUUGCCUUCAAUGGUUGAUUGUUAACUUGAAGGGCAAAUCUCUCAGGGUGAGGAUUCUUAAGCUUGGCUGGACUGGUUUUUUGUAUUACAUUUGGGAGGAGCGUAACCAUAGAAGCUUUAGGGGUGUUUCGCGUUCUGCUGAUAUGAUUGUAAGUAGUAUUAAAGAUGCUGUAAAAAUCAAAUUGUAUAGCUAUAGUUUACAGGAGAUUGAUGAUGCAAAUAGGCAAGUGGGUAUAAAUUGGGGGUUGAUCUAG